UAGACUGGCAUAAAGGCAAACACAGGAUUUCUAAUUGGCUGGAAACUAUUAAAAUCAUCAUGCCUGUGCCAUACACUGACGUACCCAAGAAAGAGCAACAGGAACUGUGCUCUGACACAGAUGCAGCAUGUUUGAACCUGGGGAAGAAGAUCAGUGUUCCUCGGGAUCUGAUGAUGGAGGAGCUCAAUCUGCUGUCCAACAGAGGAUCUAUUAUGUUUCACGAGAGACUCAAAAGAGUGUAGAGGUUCACCUUAGAGAAUAUAGCACAGAGACAACUCAGUCACUUAGAGGAAACACUUCAAGGUCAGAAUGCCAUGCAAGGAGAUAAAGGAAGUGAUUGCUUCACCUCUGAAAUCUACAUCAACCAGCCUGGAAAGAACAGCCUAGUCACCACACUAAAGCACACAGUUGCUAAGAAAGGAAUCCCAAGCGUGCUUGCACCUGGUUAUGGGGUGCCUCUGAAAGAGGUUCCUCCAGAAAAGUUCAAUGUCACUGUGAUCCCCAAGUCUUACCAAUCACCCUGGGAGAAAAAACCCAUUGGCAAUGAGACGCUGUUGGCUAGUAUCAGUACCCAUCUGCCUGAGCCACCUUACAAACUCACCCCAGCCAACUACAAAUGCUUCAACAGAGCCCCUACGCCGUUUGGUGGGACAGCAGGUACUGUGAGGUCUCUGCCGCUACCUGGCUUUGAGAUGCUGCAGGCUCACACAGAGCCACACCUGACCUGGGACAGGAUGUGCCAUCGGCCCAAUUUCAAUCGUACUCCACAGGGCUGGGGCACCAAGUACGCUGUAGAGUCUCCUGAUCUGCGAAUCUAGCAUUCUCAACUUUUUUGCCAAACUACAAUUAAAGACUGAAUUUCUGAGGGAUGCCUACAUUGCUACUCUGAAUUAUAAGCGGAGCCAUCAAACACAAAUUGAAAGUUUACAUACAGUGUCUAUUAUCAUGGUAUAUUUAUGUUUACACAAUAUUACAAAAUGUGAAGCUUCUUUAAUGCAACAAUGCAACUAGACAGCUGUAUAUACAUAUAUAUAUAUAAAAAAUGUCUUAAAUUCAGGACAACACACUUCAUACUUUACAGAACAAAAUGGAAAGAUAUGGACACUAGCACAAACUGUAAUAUGAAUCCUGGAAUUAGGACAAAACUGUCAAACAAAUAAAGACUUCAGGUGAAUGAAAUAGUCAA